GUUUAGGUUAUGCCGUUCACAAUCAUUGGAACUUAAAUUUAUAUUUCAACUGUUUGAAAAAGAAAACCAGAAAAUAAAUCAAGAUGGUGUUGGCCGCCGUACUUUCUAUGCUACGAUACGUAGGUGGAAGUGAUGAUAGAGAUUUCGUGGAUCGUCUUCAUUCAUACUUCACAUGUAAUCUUCUUAUUGGACUUGCAGUUUUAGUGUCAUUUAAACAAUUUGGCGGGAAGCCUGUAGAAUGUCUAGUACCAGACAUAUUCAGUAGUAGUUGGGAACAGUACGCAGAGAACUAUUGUUGGGCAAGUGACACGUAUUAUGUCCCGACGAAUGAGCCCGUGGCAGGGCUCCAAAGUGAUGAGAAGAGACAGAGGAAGAUCAGUUAUUAUCAAUGGGUUCCAUUUUUCUUGUUACUCGAGGCAGCAUGUUUCCGUUUACCCAGCUUGUUAUGGAAGUAUUUGGCUGGACAUUCUGGAAUAAAAAUCAAUGAGAUUGUCAAGUUAUCUUCGGAUCCCAACAACAUCAAGCCUGAUAUCAAAAGAGCUAACAUCAAAUCUCUGACAGUACAUCUCCAAGGAGCUCUUAGAUUUCAUCGACGCCUGCAAAAGAAACAAAUUCGUCCGCAUCGUUUCCUUUGGCUUUUCAAUCUACCGUACUCUGCAUUCUUUGUGACUGCAAUGUAUCUUUGUACAAAAUUCUUCUACCUUGCCAACGUAUGUCUCCAGUUAAUGUUCAUGAAUCGAUUCUUGGAAACUGAUAAAUACAAAUGGUAUGGAAUGGGCGCACUUGUUGACUUACUCAAUGGAACAACUUGGGAACAGUCUGGAAUGUUUCCACGUGUAUCUCUUUGUGAUUUCGAUGUACGUGUUAUGGGAAAUAUGCAAGAACAUACUAUACAAUGUGUGCUGGUUAUUAACAUUUUCAAUGAGAAGAUUUUCAUUUUAUUAUGGUUUUGGUAUCUGGCUCUGCUAGUUUUCACGUUUGGAUCAUUUUUCUACUGGCUUCUUGUGUCACUUUGGAGACAUUUGAAUGUUCGAUUUAUCAUCAGACAUCUCGAAAUGAGUGAUAUUGCAUUUGACUCUUCAGAAGACGGAGCUCAAGAGAAAGUUAAUCGAUUUAUUUCAAACUAUCUCAAGAGUGACGGAGUUUUUGUGAUACGAAUGAUGACGCUUCAGUCUGGAGUCAUUUUUGGAACUGAUCUUGUUCAAGAACUUUGGAGGAACUUCCAUGGAUCAGAACCACAACUGAAACGAAGUAAUUCCGCUCCAAAAAUUGAAGAAAGAGAACAAUGGUGGCCUGCAUAUCCAUCACUUGUAAAUCCAAUUAAUCCAUGGAGAUAUCGAGAUGAAAAUCAAGCAAAUGCUUUGAGAUGGAGAAGAGCUCUUGGAGCAAAUGUUGAUAACUCUAUUGCAACACAAGAUUUAAUGGAGAAGCUUCUACCACAGAACGCACACAUGAGACCAAGUGACGAUGAGCUAUUGCGUAUGAGUGUAGUUGCAUUUGAUAAGGAUCAUCACGACAAUCGUAUUAAUAACGAUAACCAGUGUAAGAAAGGAAUGAAAUGAUUGUUUGCUCUAUUGUGUUGUGAAAGUUUUGAUUGACUUGUAAAUUGAUGUAAAUUAAAAUUCUCAGACUACAAACAAAAAAUAGUUUCUUCCUUAUUUCCCAUUGUUUUGUGAAUUUGAAUGCAUUCAAUUUGAAGCAUGUUAAAUACUUCGGAACAAAUUUUAAUUUUUUUAUUUUCAGAAACCGACAGCCAAUUGCGGUUCAAGCAUCUUAUAUUGACGAUGAAUCCGACGGAAAAUUGAAAAACGAGGAGAAGCAGAAUCAACAAAAUGCUACUCAACCACCUUACUGUUACACAAAUCAGAACCCAACUCCCUACCAAAAUCAAAAUCAAAUUCAGAACCAAAACCAGUAUUCAAAUUAUUAUCGUACACCAAGUCUUUCAAGAGGAACGGAUAGCCGUCCUGUGUCCACUGCAACUGACACUGACCAAACCAAAAAACAAUCGAUGAGUACAUUCAAAUAAUUCUCUCAUUUCAGUUCACAUUUCCCAUGACCCAGUUAUAUUUUGAUCUAAACUCGUGAAUCUGCGGUUUUGCAGUCUAAUCUCUACCUCUUCCCGUUUCUAGUUCCGUUUUGUUGUAUUUAAUACCUUCGUGUUCUUCCCGGUAAUUACACAUUAUCAUUUUUGUUCACAAUUCGCAUAUCUCACAAUUCACUUUUCACUCCAAACAAAAAAUAUGUUGACCAAAUUUAUGCAUAAUGAACAUAAUAUUAAUA